UAAAUUUGUACAUGAAUUAUGACUAAGUUAAUUCAGAGGGACAGUAACUAAAAUCAACCAAUCAGAUUGCUCCACUGCCAGUCCAAUAUCUAUCUAUCGGAUACUACCUUAUUCUCACUAAAUUUCCCCAGUAUUAAUUUGGCGAAAAGUCAAGUGCCAUAUUUUGUGAGUAUUAAAUUUUGCGAUUUUGAAAGGAUAUUAGAAUUGAACUGUAUUAAAUUUCGUGAAUUUUUUUUCUAUUCUUUAAAGGGAACCUCGGCUUAAAAAUAGUUUUGUUGUCAAAUAAUACUUCAUGCCUAUCUCUAACAAUUCCAGUGGUUUUGAAUCAACAUUUCAUUACAUGAUUCAAAUGCAAAGUGUUCAUUUUUGAUAAAAAAUGUCCUGCACACCGCCAUGUUUUCUUCCAAAAUGUUUCAUGGGAAUUAGUGACGUCACUGUGUGUCGAAGACUUCCAAUAUGGUGUCUGCUGAGGAAUUUUCAGUGACUCCAUAUUGAUUUGAACCAGAGUACGAAGAGGGAGAAAAAAGCAGCAGUGAUCCAAGUUCAGACAAAAAUUCAGGUGGCAGCAACGAGGAAGGUUGCUGACGUCUAUUGAGCCUGGAGUGGUGCAAAUGUUCGAACUGUGCCACAACAACAUUGAGCCAACCCAGAGAAUGUUUGUGUUGUCAAGAGGUUGCUGAAACAUCAGCACUAGCUGACUUUAACAGCGAACCAAUUACCUGUAUUACACAACAAGAUGAUUUUAGGGUAGUUUGGUUAAAUGCAGCAGUGCUUAAGACAACCCUUAUCCGCAUAAAAUAUUUGAUGCAAGGCAUGGAUUUGUCUGCUACUGAAGUUCCAAGUGAGUACGUAUAUAUUUAAUUUAAGCUCCCAUGUGAUUCAUUAAAAAUAUGUCCAUAUAAAAAAUUAUUCUUAUGAAGUGUACCAGUUGUUAUUUAUAAUCCGGGCUACUAUGUCAUGUUUCACUUUUAUAGUAACCAUAUUUAGUGAUUUUGCGGUGCUCACUUCCUCAGUUUUGUCAAUAACAUCACUUAGCAUUUCCUGCAGCACAGGCUCAGCAUCAUGUCACCCAGUAACCUUGCUCCAUGCAAUUUUAUAUCUUAGCUACCCUUUCCUCUGGCCACUUUGGAUUGUUGCCUGAAACAUCACAAAGCAUAGCUGUGAUCCCAGGGCUGUGUUACCUAAUAUGUGCAUGCUUCAUUUCGGACCUACCCAAUAGGUGUUUGGUCAAAUCAUGGGCCACAAAAAUUCCAUUUUUUAUUUUGUAUUGACUUGUGGAAUAAAGUUCACUAUAAAGUGCCUAUACAGCCAACAGGGUUUUUGUAGUUUUGGUAUCUCUAUAAUGUGUAGAAAGGUAUUCUAAGAAAAGAAACUGGAUUCCGACAUGUUAAUGCCCUAAAAUCUAGCUUUAAAGUUCCCGCUUCAACCAAACCCAGUGAAGUUGACCGUGAGUCAGUGCAAAAAAAGAGUCUGGGUUUCGGAAUGGGUUGUGACGUCAAGUCAGGACUUGCCAAAUCCUGCUAGUUCAGGUAACUUGUUUCAGUAGUGGUGAGGAGUUUUCAUCGACAAAAAACAAACUGAAGUUGGUGAAACAAUGGGGUUGUCAGGCAAGCAAAAUAAAAGCAUGAAGCUUUGAAACCUUCCUGAAGUGACAUCAUUCGUCACCAAUCUUUCAUUACGCAGUCAACUUCAUUGGGUGUGCUGAAGCGGGAAAUUUAAAGCUUGAUUUCAUGGCAAAAAAAAGCAUCUGAAUUCAUUUUUUUGGUUUGAAGGCAUUUUUAGAUGUUAUAGAGAUACCAAAACCACAAAAACCCUGUAGGCGGUAUGGACACUUUAAGUGCUGAAUUGUCAAGUGAAUAUUGCAUUGCUACCCUGAGUACCAAGGGAAUGGGUGUGUUUUCAAAAAGUAGAUAAGAACAUUAUAGUUAACAAUAGGGGUACAUACAUGUACUCUCUAAUUUGGGAAACAACUGGAUUAACUACAGGUCAAAUUACAUGACAUUGAGAGAGCACUUGUGUGAUUUUUAGGAUAAAUUUUUAACAAUUGUACAGUACAUGCUAUUGUCUUACCUGUUGUCAUGUCACAUUGUGAUUAUGAUCAAGAGCAGUGAGCUUUGUUGCUUCCUCCAUCACCUUGUGGGAAUAGUGUGUAUGCUUAGGUAAGUGUGUAAGGUAAAGGGAGUGGUAUGCCUGUAGUGCUAUGGUGCAUACACAGUCAGUAAGAUGAGGAAGAGUCUUGAGCAACCUUGUGUCGAGCUAUUUUUAACAAUUCAUUGUGUGGUGGAGAACCUGGAGUGAGCCACUUUUUUCGUCGCCCGCUUUCAAUGAGAGCAUUAUGCUGGCAUUUUUUUGAACACUCUGUUGGUUGGAAAAUCAUGUCCAUUUACUACAUGGUUUGUUAUUGACAACCACUUCUCCUUCAGGAUUUCUGCAUUUCCCUGGCAAGUCUUAAUACUCCACCAAAAGUGAUUUGUGAUUGAGGGAACCCAUUGGCUCAACUUUCCACAGCCCUUCUUUUUUGAGGAUGCCGACAGUUUUUUUUCUGGACAUUCUUGCAGGCAUUCCAUCAUCAAUAUGGUGUUUCUUAUCUUUUUGUUCCUCUCUCAUAUAUUUCUUAAUUUGGGGAUGAGAGUCAGUUGAAACCCCUGCCACAGUCACUCCUGCCUCCUCAAUGCUUUUAAGUGUUUCUGUAAAACCUUUCUUUUCCAAAGCAUUGAGUUUUUUACUUCACAAACUGACACAACCGUGAAGUCUACAACCUUGUCACUUUGAACAUCCAACAUUGUGUGAGUCCCAUAUGUAGCACUGUGGCCUGGGGAAUUACAGCGGCUAUCUCCAGCUAGUUUCACUGGCUUCCCCUGUCUUUUAGAGUGUUAAUUAGAUUGUUUUGUUCUUUCUUCCAGCAAGCAUCAAUAACAGGGAAGACAUAUUUCCUCUUAAGGCAUAGUAGCAAUCUUUUCCAGUGGAUUUCAAAUUAAUGACAGAAGCAAACUGCUGAAAUUUUGAAACGUGUAUGCCACUGAAAAAUCUCCAGGAAUACAAGGUUGUGUUUACCAGCUGUGUCAGUUUGUUUCUUAGACUCGUUGUUACAGCCAUAUGCACAACAAUGUGGCAUUUCAAGUCUUCGCAAUACUGGUUUGGUAGUGUAUUUUUAUGGGAUAGUGGAUCUUCAGUGGGUAGUAUUGAUGGCCAUAAUAAAAGUAUAAAUGCAGUGGACUACAAGCCCACUCGACCAUUCCGCAUCUGCACUGCCAGUGAAGAUAAAGAAGUUGGCUUCUUUGAAGGACCACCUUUCAAGUUUCAUCAUUUUUCCAAGGGCCAUACCAACUUUGUGAAUUGUGUGAAGUACUCCCCAGAUGGUGAACAUUUUGUGUCAGGUGGUGCAGAUGGACAGAUUUUCCUUUUCAAUGGUAAAACAGGAGAGGAAACCUGCUCUCUGGGUGGAGGGAAAGCUCACAAGGGUGGCAUCUAUGGAUUAUCGUGGAGUCCAGACAACAAGUUUCUCCUCAGUGCAUCAGCAGACAAGACUGCAAAAAUAUGGGAUAUAGCUGCCAACACUUGCUCCACGGAGUUUACCUUUGGAAAUGAGCUUGAGCAUCAGCAGCUUGGAUGCCUUUGGCAGGGUGAAUACCUCCUUACUAUCGCCCUGUCGGGAAAUGUCAACUAUUUGGAUGCCAACAAUCCUUCUUCCCCUAUCAGGAUUAUUAAGGGCCAUAAUAAGAACAUUUUGUCCCUUGCAUCUUCUAAAGAUGGCUCAACUCUGUACUCUGGAAGCUUUGAUAGUCGUAUUUGUCAGUGGAAAGUGCAAACUGGGAAUGCAGAGAUAUUCAAAGGUCAAGGCCACAAGAAUCAAGUAUCCGACAUGGUGCUGUGUGGAGACAGUCUGGUGACUUGCAGUAUGGACGACACUGUACGAUUUACAUCAGUGCAGACUCUGGAAUAUGGUUCUCAGAGUGUAGGUAUGGGAAGCCAGCCAAUGCAUAUUGACGGAAAAGAUGGUCUUACUGUAGUGGCUUGUUUAAAAGACAUUGCUGUGCUACGAGAUGGAAAUCCCAUGUUUUCACUUCCUGUGGAGUUUGAACCUCAGUGUACUGCUGUUCAUCCUGGGCAAACGGAUGUUGCAGUGGGAGGAAAGACGAACACAAUUCAUAUUUACACCGUGGACAACAACACGCUCGCGGAGAAAACAAGCGCGUCCCUGCCAGAGCGAGUGAACAUGGUGGGUGAUUUAGCAUACUCUCCUGAUGGUGCUUAUUUAGCUUCAGCGGAUGAUGACCGACGAGUCACUGUCUUUACCUCGACUGAUUAUAAGCGCAAAGUGGAGUUAACCGGACCUUAUGGCCGUGUAACUUGUUUGGCCUGGACACCAGACUCACAACAUCUUGCCUGUGGAGGACUGGACACUAACUUGUUCAUCUACAACAUGGAAGACCCAAGUAAAAAGAUCCAAAUAAGAAAUGCCCAUCCGCAGACCGUUAUUUCUCGGGUCACGUGGUUGGAUAAUAACACUUUGGUUAGCGCUGGUCACGACUGCUGCCUCCGUUUUUGGUCCAUAAAACAUAACUAGGUGUUAUUGCACCCUCCCCUCCCUUGCAUUUCUCAUGUCUUGUCUGUUAAUUAAGUCAGCGAUGGUUAUUGUGUGCUAAUUCCUAACAGUGAUCACGUGCCUUUUGUGUUGAACAAUCGGAGAAUACUCCGUUCAACCUUCAAAAAGUCAAGUCUCCGAAUCAAAGUCUGUCAUUUAUCUCCCCCCUCAAUCCUUGUCUUUGUUGUCCAAGAGCUCUUCAAUGCUUUGGACAAGGAUGUGAGCGAGAGGAGAGAAAAUCUUUGUGCUGUUAUAGUGUAAAAUGUAGAUAGUGAGCGCGGUACUUGUACUUGUAGUGUAUUUUGAUAACGGAUUAUUCACAGGAGUAACAUAAGGUCAUGCGUAAAGUCAUUUCUGUCCUCAUAUGACAUUGUUUUUUGUUUUUGUUUGUUUGUUUGUUUGUUUUUUGUUGAUGUUUUUUUCUAAUUGAGUUGAAGGGUACUCCACACUCACCGAAUCAAUUAAUUACAAGCACGAGAAGUCCUGUUAUGAAAAUCAAACAAUAGUCACCUGGGCAAUAUAACAGACAAACAGUGUUGCGCAAAGAAAAUAUCUUAGUAGUAUAUUUUCUAUCGGGAUUUUGUGAUGUCUUUUAAAGCUAGAUGUUCAAGAUUGCAUUUUGGAAUUAUUUCUAUCAACACUUACCAAAGUAAUUGCAUUUAAUAAAGAAUGUUAUGUAGGA